GUGUGCGGCAUAGUGGCAUACGUUGGCCAGGAUGAGGCCUGGCCCAUCAUUUACGAGGAACUGAAGCGCCUGGAGUACCGGGGCUACGACAGCGCCGGAAUCGCGGUUGUAGACGACACCGGGGCGCUCCACCUGCGAAAGACCGUGGGCAAGGUAAGCGGCCUGGCGGUCGAGAUCAAUGGCUCCGCGCCCCGAGGAUCGUUGGGACUCGGACACACGCGUUGGGCCACCCACGGGGCGCCGUCCCACGACAACGCCCACCCGCACAUCGACUGCAGCAGCCGCGUGGCCCUGGUGCACAACGGCAUCGUGGAGAAUUACCUGGAGCUCAAGCGGCGUCUAACCGCCUCCGGGCACAUUUUCAAGUCGGAGACCGACACUGAAGCCCUUUCGCACCUGGUUGAGGAGGGUAUGUCGCUCGGCCUCAGUUUCGAGGAGUCCUUCCGGCGGAUGGGCCGGCUGGUGCAGGGGUCUUCAGCCAUUACCGCCACCCUGGAUGGGGAGGACGGCCCAAUCUGCGCCAUGCGACUGGGCUUCGCGGGCGGGAUCGGCAUCGUGGCCAGCGAUCUGCCCGCUCUUCUGCCGGUACUGGAACGCGGAGCCGGAGCGCCGAACGUCGGGUUCCUGGAAGGCGGUGAAAUGGCGAUCGUCAGCCGUGAGGGCGUUCGCUAUUCCGACUUGUCGGGGAAUCCUGUCGUCAAGGAGACCCGGCGCGUUUCCCGAGAAGACAUCGUGGUGGACAAGGGCGGUCACCGGCAUUUCAUGCUCAAGGAAAUCAUGGACCAGCCCCAGGCGAUGACCGCUGCCCUGAAGGACCGGGCCGACUUCGCCAACGGGAGGGUCAAUCUUCCCGAAUUCCCUCUGUCGCCCGCGGAUGUCAUGCAGCUCGAGCGGGUGGUGCUCAUCGGCUGCGGCACGAGCCUGCACGCCGCCCAGGUGGGGAGACAUUACAUCGAGCGGCUGGCCGGUAUCCCAGCGGAAGCCGAAAGCGCGUCGGAGUUUCGAUAUCGCGACCCCAUUAUCGGACCGCGAACGCUGGUGGUCUCCAUCGGCCAGUCGGGUGAAACAGCCGAUACUGUUGCCGCCAUGCACCUCGCCCGCGAAAAGGGCGCCACCCUGAUCACCAUCUGCAACGCCGAGGAGAGCCAGGCCGCCAGGGUCGCCGACGGCGCCCUGUACAUGCACGCCGGCCUUGAGGUUGGGGUUGCCAGCACCAAGACUUUCGUGGCAUCUCUAACCAUCCUGCAAUUGCUGUCGGUAUACCUGGGUCAGCUCCGCGGAAAGCUCGAUGCCGAGACGACCCGCCGGCUCGUGGACCAGAUGGCCCGCGGCCCCGGCUUGAUCGGCGAGGUAUUGGCCGAGGCGAACCUCUACAGCAGUCUUGCCCGCCGCAUAGGACACUACGAUAACUUCCUGUUCCUGGGGCGCGGGGCCAACGCAGCCAUCGCCUCCGAGGGGGCUCUCAAGCUGAAGGAAAUCAGCUACAUCCACGCCGAGGGCUAUCCGGCCGGUGAGAUGAAGCACGGCCCCAUCGCCCUUAUCGAUCCAGAAAUGUGCACGGUGGCGCUGGCGCCCAGGGACGAUUUGCGCGACAAGACACUGAGCAACAUCAAGGAGGUCAAGGCGCGUGGAGGCCUGGUCGUAGCCGUUCUCACCAAGGGCGACGACGAGGCGGCGUCGGAGGUCGAUUUUCCGCUGUUCAUACCGCAGGCACCAGACCUACUUAUGCCCCUAGUUACCACGGUCCCGUUGCAGUUGCUCUCGUACUACAUAGCCCUGCUGCGCGGCUGCGACGUGGACCAGCCCCGCAACCUGGCCAAGUCCGUUACAGUUGAAUAA